AUGGCCACCCCCAAUGUUCUUACCUUUGACGCUGAGGGGAGGGCCGUUGACUUUGCCGUCUGGAUUGAAGACCUGCAGCUGUACUUACUGUGUGAUGCGAUAGAUGAGGUCUCUCUCUUUGACUUUGUCUCUGGCGCUGUCCCUGCCCCACCUGCUGAUGCUGACUCUGCCGUUCGCUCCAAGUGGGCGACCCGCGAUGCUGCUGCACGUCUUGCUGUGCGUCGCCACCUCCCUUCCUCUGAGCGUGCCCACUUUAGUCAGUGCAAGACCGCUCAGGCCUUGUACGACGCUGUAGUUGCACGCUACUCCUCCCCUUCCUCCGCUACCCUUAGCCGCCUCAUGCUACCGUUUCUCUUCCCUGACCUCGCUUCCUUUCCCACUGUCGCUGACCUCGUUACCCACCUCCGUGCUAGUGACACCCGCUACCGCGCUGCCCUUCCUGCUGAGUUCCGCGCUGCGAACCCUCCUCCCAUGUACAUCACUCUCUACUUUCUCGUCACCCGUCUCCCUGAGUCCCUUCGUGUUGGGUGUGGUCCUUCCCCCCUGCUGCCCUCUGUCGCCUCUGCCGCUGCGGCCGACCUCACUGGUUUUGAGUCGGUCGGCGCGGCGUCUGCCCCCAGCGGCAGGCGCCGCGCUGGCAAGGGCAAGGGGGCCAAGGGAGCGGGUGGAGCUAGAGGGGGCGGUGGAGGAGGCGGUGGGGGUGGCGGGGGGAGUGGGGGUGGCGGUGGGGGUGGUGGUGGGAGUGGAGGUACUGGUGGCGGCGGUGGAGGCGGAGAUGGCGGCGGAGGUGGUAGCGGAGGAGGCGGUGGGAGCGGUGGGAGCGACGGUCCUGGUGGGGGAGGUGGAGGUGGAGACGGGGGUGGCGGUGGAGGCGGGGGUGGCAGUGGAGGCGGGGGUCGGAGUGGCUCGUCCCAGCGGAGCAGCUCCGGGGGUGGUCAGCGCCAGCAGCAGCAGCAGCAGCAGCCGCAGCAGCAGCCACAGCAGCAGCAGCAGCGCUCUCGCACCGUCCCCGCCCCUCAGCAGCUCCGUGAGUGGUACUCGCAGCGUCAGCGUGGUGGUGCGCUUGGUCCUUGCCCCUACGUUCUCCGCACCGGUGACCGUGCAGGGGAGAGGUGUGAAGGCGCCCACACUGCCCGCCGCUGCUUUGGCCGCCUGACUGACGCCUGGCGUCAGCAGUUUCCGGAGGCAGCUGAGAUCCCCCGCUGGGGAGAGCUGUCUAGGGCUGGUGUAGCUAUUUAUGAUCUUGAUUUUGAUGCUAUUCUCUCUGCUAUGUAUGCUGCGAUUGGUAGUGAUGAGGAUGACUGUUACCGGUGUUUCCCGCCCGACCCGGGCAUUGGUACUGCCGCGUCAGGUACUAGUGAGGCUGCUGCUCUGGGUGCCAGUGCGUCUGUGCUCUCAGGUGCUGGUGAGUCUGCCCUCUCAGGCGCCACGUGA